ACUUUGCUCGUCCGUGAUGGGUCGCUCUCUCAGCAGAGACCUGCCUACUAGAAAUGUUAUCGGCGAAAAGAAAACCGACAAAGGCAAUGAUUCUCUGCCGUUUCCUACCUUUACUCCCCAAAUAAGCGAAACGAUAACAGCGGCGGUUAGUAAAUAUAUUCUCGGUUUACAUAUCGCCGGGUCGUGGUUAAUUCGUAGGUGACUAAACUAAGCUAGCAAGGUUAGGUAACUAGCAAUUGUUGUUGUACCGGGAGUCACAUGGAUUGACCUGAACGUCUGCCCAGCUUGCAUCCAGCUAACCCCCCCCCCCCGAAAGACUUCUGCCAUAAACACGUUUGAUUGGGAAAAUGAGUAACACUGAAAUUAAGACCGAAGAAGAAGAAUCUGGGUGGACCAGGGAAAACCUCCAGAAUCUUUUUGCUGCAAUGAAAAGCAACAUCCCCAAACGUUACGGAAUGUGCGCUUACACCAAAGGACUGCAAACUGUAGACUGGAAUAAAGUGGCUUUCCCUCCUUUCUCUCCUGAAGAGUGUCAAGAAAAGUGGAGAGAGAUUUUGAAGAAGAUGCGCAAGGUUCGGUCACUCACAGAGCUUCUUGUUGAAGCUGAAGAUGUCCUUUCAAAUCCUGCCCAGAACAGUAAGAUCCAUCCAGAGCUCCCGAAGAGACCCAGUCCUCCAAAUGCCAUGUUUUAUGCGGACAACUGGGCCAAUCUUCAAGAGCAGCACCCAGAGAUGAGCCACCGAAAGGUUGUGGCGGUCUUGUACAAGAAGUACAAGUUGCUCCCAGAUAAAGAGAAGGCUCAGUAUGAGGAGAAACACCGGUUUGCAAUGAAAGAACACAAGACAAGGAUGCUGGAAUUCAGGAAACAAUGUCACAAAUCUCCCAGGCAUAACAGGACGUCCCAAAAGAGGAAGAAAGUGUCUGCAGAUACCCGUGAUGAGGGUGAACAGCAUACUGAAGGUACAGACGGUCUGCCUCCCAAGCCUCCUUUCAACGGCUAUAAUCUAUUUUGCAAAGAGCAAACGGCAUCCAUGGCGGGUAUCUCAAAAAAACGUUAUGUUAGUGUGUGGGCCCAACGUUGGCGAGAUUUGACCGAGAGACAGAGGAACGAGUACAGUAUACGUUGCAAAAAGUUGAAGAGAGAGUACGAGAUCAAGCUCACUGAGUAUCUAAAGACUCUGGAUGAGAAUGAGCAGCAGCGGAUCCUAAAUAAGAAUGGCAUCAAAAGACCUAAAGAGCGUAAGGUAAUUAAUAGAGAAGUGAAGCUUGUGAGGAAACUUCCUGGCGAGCCCAAGAUGCCGUCUCGAUCUGGUAAUGUAAUUUUCUGCAAAAAUCAGAUGGAACUUCUUAAGGAGGUAUUCCCAAAUGCAAAGGAGCGCUUCACCAAGGUCAACCAAAUGUGGCAGGAUCUCUCCACAAAGGAGAAGGAACACUAUAAGGAGAAAGUAUCUGCAAACUUAAGACUAUACUCGAUGGAGCUCCAGAAGUGGUUUAAGGCGUUGACGGCAGCAGAGCAGGAGGACUAUCAAACAUGUAACCCCAGUAAAUGUAAGUACCUCGAUGCCAAACAAAUGAGCGUUUAUGACAGAGAAGAACAAGGCCCAAACAGACCAUCAGAUUCAGAGGACGAAGACAUUGAGGACAGCAGCAGUGAGGAAGAGGAGGACAGUCUGGACACUGAUGAGGUUGAGGAGGAAGAAGAGGAGGGUGACAUCGCAUUUGAGUUGUAUUAGAUGUUGAUGAGAUGGACGACAGAGGUCUUACACACACGUCAAGUGCAGAGCUGGAUCCUGGAUUUGAGAAGAUGGGUCAGAAACAGAACUGUUGUAACUUUGGCAGAAACUUGUGUCCAUCGCUCAUAGUAAGAAGCUAAUAGAGAAAUAGAUCUUUGGGUCCUUAAGCGAAUCCUGCUUUACGACCUAAUCUCGAGGCCGUGUCACGAAAAAAGGAUACCCUGCAAAAAGACUGUUUUAAAGACCUUACAUCUUUUGUGUUUACAUGGUGUGUAUUCCCAAAACAAUUUGUUCAGAUUACCACAGAGCAAACCUGGGUCUUCUGCCAUAGGAUUACUGUUCAGGAUGUACAGAGAAAAAACAUGGGGGGUUGCGGGGGCCCAGCAGCUCAUUUUUGCCCAGGGGCCCCCAAGCACAUUCAUCAGGCCCUUACCAGAACGUAAUACGACUGAGGUUGUCUAUAAAUCUAUUCAUCAAUGUGAACAAAGGAGAAAGCAUAUAAGCUUUUUUUUGUACCAUUACUCGUCCAAUGUUCUGUUUCUGCUGUUAAACAAUGAUAAUAUGCAUGUGUGAAGUCGACGCACAAUGGCCACUAGCCGCUCGAAGUGUCUGGUUUAUAUUUGUCGGGGUCAAAAUAAUGCGAUUUAUGGGAUUACCAACUUUUUUUUAAUUUUAAUUGGGUGGAUAAAUAAAAGAAUGUGCCUCAUCUAGCAUCGUUGUUUUAUAUUAUAAACCCUUGCUCAUUUUGUUGUUUGUAAACCCCACAAAGAAGAGAUGUUUCUAAUAAACAUGUGCUACACACA